UGAACGCCGCCGCAUCAGUCGGCUCAGCGCUCCAUUUCGGUCCGCUGUGUUCUGGUCGUCGCCUCGCGCUCCACUCGGACCCUUUUACACCGUUUACCGAACAAAAUGGGAACGCCUUGAUUUAACCGGAACCGGAGAUACACGCAGCGGCUUCCACCACGACAGUUGAGCCAAAGUCCCGUCGCCGCCGAGGCUCUCUGUGCCGAAGAAAAAGCACAGAAAACGUGGAGACUCAAUGACCCAGAAAGCAGCCACUACUUCUUCUUUCUGGCCGUGUUUCCGCUCCCCCUCCGUCCGUUGGUUGGAUGAGUCCCAAACAGCAACAGAACUGUGAGCAGUGAUUGGCCGCUGAGCCGGACCGGGUAGCCAACGGGAAGCCAGGCUCGCCGUCAUGGCGGACGUGGACCCAGACACCCUGCUGGAGUGGCUGCAGAUGGGGCAGGGCGACGAGCGGGACAUGCAGCUCAUCGCUCUGGAGCAGCUCUGCAUGCUGCUGCUCAUGUCGGACAACGUGGACCGCUGCUUUGAGACCUGCCCACCUCGGACGUUCCUCCCGGCGCUCUGCAAGAUCUUCCUGGACGAGAGCGCCCCCGACAACGUGCUGGAGGUCACGGCCAGGGCCAUCACGUACUACCUGGACGUGUCGGCUGAGUGCACGCGGAGGAUCGUGGGAGUGGACGGCGCCAUCAAGGCGCUGUGCAACCGGCUGGUGGUGGUGGAGCUCAACAACAGGACCAGCCGAGACCUGGCGGAGCAGUGCGUCAAGGUUCUGGAGCUGAUCUGCACCCGGGAGUCUGGCGCCGUGUUCGAGGCCAGCGGUCUCAACUGCGUGCUGAGCUUCAUCCGAGACAGCGGCCACCUGGUCCACAAAGACACGCUGCACUCGGCCAUGGCCGUGGUGUCCCGGCUCUGCAGCAAGAUGGAGCCCCAGGACCCGUCGCUGGAGACGUGCGUGGAGUCUCUGUCCAGCCUCCUGAAGCACGAGGACCACCAGGUGUCGGACGGCGCUCUGCGCUGCUUCGCCUCGUUGGCUGACAGGUUCACGCGGCGCGGCGUUGACCCCGCCCCUUUGGCCAAACACGGGCUGACUGAGGAGCUGUUGUCCCGCAUGGCGGCCGCCGGUGGCUCGGGGUCGGGCCCCCCCUCUUCCUGUAAGCCCGGCCGGACCUCGACGGGCGCCGCCCCCUCCGCGCCGGACUCCAAGCUGAGCAACCAGGUGUCGACCAUCGUCAGCCUGCUGUCCACGCUGUGCAGGGGGUCGCCGCUGGUCACUCACGACCUGCUGCGCUCGGCGCUGCCAGACUCCAUGGAGUCCGCCCUGGGGGGGGACGAGCGCUGCGUGCUGGACACCAUGCGGCUGGUGGACCUCCUGCUCGUGCUGCUGUUCGAGGGGCGCAAGGCGCUGCCCAAGUCCACGGCGGGCUCCACGGGCCGCAUCCCGGGCCUCCGCCGCCUGGACAGCUCCGGGGAGCGAUCCCACCGGCAGCUCAUCGACUGCAUCCGCAGCAAAGACACGGACGCUCUGAUCGACGCCAUCGACACCGGAGCCUUCGAGGUGAACUUCAUGGACGACGUUGGACAGACGCUCCUGAACUGGGCUUCAGCCUUCGGCACGCAGGAAAUGGUGGAGUUCUUGUGUGAUAGGGGGGCGGACGUCAACAGGGGUCAGAGGUCAUCUUCACUACACUACGCUGCCUGUUUCGGACGCCCGCAAGUAGCCAAGACUCUACUGCGUCACGGGGCGAACCCCGACCUGAGGGACGAGGACGGGAAAACUCCUCUGGACAAGGCCCGAGAGAGAGGACACAGCGAGGUGGUGGCAAUACUGCAGUCUCCUGGAGACUGGAUGUGUCCCGUCAACAAGGGAGACGACAAGAAGAAAAAGGACGUGAACAAGGAGGAGGAGGAAGGCGGCGAGCCCAAAGGAGACCCGGAGAUGGCCCCCAUCUACCUGAGGAGGCUUCUGCCUGUUUUUGCACAAACGUUUCAGCAAACCAUGCUGCCUUCUAUCAGGAAAGCCAGUCUGGCUCUGAUCAGGAAGAUGGUUCACUACAGCAGUGAAGUUCUGUUGAAGGAGGUGUGUGACAGCGAGACGGGACACCACCUCCCCACCGUGCUGGUGGAGAUCACCGCCACCGUCCUGGACCAGGAGGACGACGACGAUGGACACCUACUGGCUCUGCAGAUCAUCAGAGAUCUGGUGGACAAAGGCGGAGACGUCUUCCUCGACCAGCUGGCUCGACUGGGCGUCAUCAACAAGGUGUCCACGCUGGCCGGCCCGGCCUCCGACGACGAGAACGAGGACGAGGCCAAGCCGGAGAAGGAGGAGGAGGUGCAGGAGGACGCCAGGGAGGUCCAGCAGGGCAAACCGUACCACUGGAAGGACUGGUCCAUCAUCCGGGGGAGGGACUGCCUCUACAUCUGGUCUGACGCCGCCGCGCUGGAGCUCUCCAACGGGUCCAACGGCUGGUUUCGCUUCAUCCUGGACGGCAAGCUGGCCACCAUGUACUCCAGCGGGAGUCCAGAGGGGGGGUCGGACAGCUCCGAGUCCCGCAGUGAGUUCCUGGAGAAGCUGCAGCGGGCGAGGAGUCAGGUGAAGCCGGUGACGUCCAGUCAGCCCAUCCUGUCCAGCGUGGGUCCCAGUAAGCUGACGGUGGGGAACUGGUCUCUGACCUGCCUGAAGGACGGCGAGAUCGCCAUCCACAACUCUGACGGGCAGCAGGCCACCAUCCUAAAGGAGGACCUGCCGGGCUUCGUCUUCGAGUCCAACCGAGGGACCAAGCACUCCUUCACCGCCGAGACGUCCCUCGGCUCAGAGUUUGUGACGGGCUGGACGGGCAAGCGGGGCAGGAAGCUGAAGUCCAAGCUGGAGAAGACCAAGCAGAAGGUGAAGAGCACGGCGAGGGAGCUGUACGACGACCACUUCAAAGCCGUGGAGAGCAUGCCCCGAGGGGUGGUGGUCACCCUGAGGAACAUCUCCACCCAGCUGGAGUCGGCCUGGGAGCUUCACACCAACAGACAGUGCGUGGAAGGGGAGAACACCUGGAGGGACCUGAUGAAGACCGCUCUGGAGAACCUGAUCGUGGUGCUGAAGGACGAGAACACCAUCUCCCCGUACGAGAUGUGCAGCAGCGGCCUGGUCCAGGCCCUGUUCACCGUGCUCAACAACAGCGUCGAUCUGGACCUGAAACACGACUGUAAGCCUUUGAUGGAGAGGAUCAACGUCUUCAAGGCGGCUUUCAGCGAGAACGAGGACGGCGAAAGCCGACCAGCUGUUGCUUUGAUCCGUAAGCUGAUCGCGGUGCUGGAGUCGAUAGAACGUCUUCCUCUGCACCUGUACGACACUCCGGGCUCCACCUACAACCUGCAGAUCCUGACGAGGCGGCUGCGGUUCCGUCUGGAGCGAGCGCCCGGCGAGACGGCGCUGAUCGACCGGACGGGCCGCAUGCUGAAGAUGGAGCCGCUCGCCACCGUGGAGUCUCUGGAGCAGUACCUGCUGAAGAUGGUGGCAAAGCAGUGGUACGACUUUGAGCGAUCGUCCUUCGUCUUCGUGAGGAAGCUGAGGGAAGGACAGACCUUCACCUUCAGACACCAGCACGACUUUGACGAGAACGGGAUCAUCUACUGGGUCGGAACCAACGCCAAGACUGCCUACGAGUGGGUAAACCCCGCCGCCUACGGCCUUGUGGUGGUGACCUCAUCGGAGGGGCGUAACCUGCCCUACGGGCGCUUGGAGGACAUCCUGAGUCGGGAUAGCUCCGCCCUCAACUGCCACACCAACGACGACAAGAACGCCUGGUUCGCUGUCGACCUGGGCCUCUGGGUCAUUCCCUCAGCCUACACCCUGAGACACGCCAGGGGUUAUGGCCGCUCUGCGCUGAGGAACUGGGUGUUUCAGGUGUCGAAGGAUGGUCAGAAUUGGACGACUCUCUACACCCACGUAGACGACUGCAGCCUCAACGAGCCGGGGUCCACAGCUACGUGGCCUCUGGACCCGUCCAAAGAGGAGAAGCAGGGCUGGAGACACAUCCGGAUCAAGCAGAUGGGGAAGAACGCCAGCGGUCAGACUCACUACCUGUCCCUGUCGGGCCUGGAGGUGUACGGCACCGUGACCGCCGUCUGUGAGGACCAGCUGGGUAAAGCCGUGAAGGAGGCAGAGGCGAACCUUCGCCGGCAGCGGCGCCUGUUCCGCUCCCAGGUGAUGAAGUACAUCGUCCCGGGGGCGCGGGUCGUCCGCGGCAUCGACUGGAAGUGGCGCGAUCAGGACGGCAACCCGUCCGGAGAGGGCGCCGUCACCGGGGAGGCUCACAACGGCUGGAUUGAUGUAACCUGGGAUGCUGGCGGCUCUAACUCUUACCGCCCCGCCUCCUCCACGGUGGGACCCUCCGCCACGCCGGCGGCCAGCGGCGGCACCGCGACCACCACCUCCUCCUCGUCCUCCUCCACGUCCUCCUCCUCACAUCAGCAGUCUUGGAGCAGCCUGGUGAAAAAUAACUGUCCCGACAAAGGCGGGGCCGCGUCGCUCGGGGGGGCGGGCUCCUCCAGCAGGAAGGGCAGCAGCAGCUCCGUCUGCAGCGUCGCCUCCUCCUCCGACAUCAGCCUGAGCUCGUCCGGCGCCCUGCGGCUGGAGAGGCGGGCCGAGGGGCUGCUGCUGGACCAGGGCUCCGGGGCGGGGGGGGCGGCGUGCAUCGGCGCCGACGGGCACGAGGCCCUCGUCGCGCUGUCCUCGGCGGCGCAGGGCGGGUCCGGCUCGGCGUCCAGCACCGGCACGCUCACCGCCGACGCGCCCCCCCAGGGCGCCGAGGACGACGGCAGGAACAAGGACUCGUCCUCCGACCCGGCCGCCGCCAUCUGCAUGGGGCUGGUGAGCGUGAGCUCGCCCGACGUCAGCUCCGUGUCCGAGUCCUCCGGCAAGGACGCGCCUUCCCAGAGGCCCCUCUGCUCGGCGGCCAACGCCCGCCUGUCCGUCAGCUCCCUGCUGGCCGCCGGCGCCCCCAUGAGCUCCAGCGCCAGCGUGCCCAACCUGUCGUCGCGGGAGGCCAGCCUCAUGGAGUCCUUCGUCCGCCGGGCGCCCAACAUGUCCAGAACCAACGCCACCAACAACAUGAACCUGAGCCGCAGCAGCAGCGACAACAACACCAACACGCUGGGCCGCAACGUCAUGAGUACAGCCACUUCUCCUCUCAUGGGGGCGCAGAGCUUUCCUAACCUCACCACCACGGGCACCACCUCCACCGUUACCAUGUCAACCUCCAUAGUAACCAGCAGCAAUAACGUAGCCACGGCCACCACCGGCCUGUCGGUGGGCCAGUUGCUAAGCAACACCCUGACGACCAGCCUCACGUCCACAUCCAGCGAGAGCGAUACGGGCCAGGAGGCCGAGUUCUCUCUCUAUGACUUCCUGGACAGCUGCAGAGCGAACACGCUGUUGGCCGAGCUGGACGAUGAGGAGGACCUGCCUGAGCCCGACGACGACGAUGACGAGAACGAAGACGACAAUCAGGAGGACCAGGAGUACGAGGAGGUCCUGGUAAGAGACCUCUUUGCCUCCACAACAUCUCUCACAGGAAGUGAUGUCACAGGGUGUGAUGCAAGUGUGUGUGUGUCUCAGGAGGAGGAGGAGUACGAGACCAAAGGAGGUCGCAGGAGGACAUGGGACGACGACUUUGUCCUCAAAAGACAAUUCUCUGCUUUAGUUCCUGCUUUUGACCCGAGACCAGGACGGACCAACGUCCAGCAGACCACCGACCUGGAGAUCCCCCAGCCAGGGACGCCUCGCUCCGAGGUGCAGGAGGAGGUGGAGUGUGCGCCGUCUCCUCAUCUGUCUCUCACCCUGAAGGUUGCCGGUCUGGGCACCACCCGGGAGGUGGAGCUCCCUCUGUCCAACUACAAGUCCACCAUCUUCUACUACGUCCAGAGGCUGCUGCAGCUCUCGUGCAGCGGAGCCGUGAAGACGGACAAGUUGCGGCGCAUCUGGGAGCCGACGUACACGAUAAUGUACCGAGAGCUGAAGGACUCCGACAAAGAGAAGGAGAGCAUGAAGAUGGACCUUUGUGAGCACGGCAUCAGUGUGUCCGGCGGUCGCUCUGGCGGUCUGAGCCCCGGCUCCGUCUCGGCCAAUCAGAGCAGCGAGAUCCUGUGCGUUGCCCGGGAGACGGCGCAGGCGAAGGCCGGCUGCAGCCAGAACGCCUGCGGGGUCGAGGACGUCCUGCAGCUGCUGCGCAUCCUCUACAUCAUCGGGGGGGACGGGGCGUCCAACGCACGCACACUGCAGGAGGACUUUGACGAGCUGCAGUUUAAUGCGUCUCCAGAAGAGUUCACAAGCAAGAAGAUCACCACCAAGAUCCUGCAGCAGAUUGAGGAGCCUCUGGCUCUGGCCAGCGGAGCGCUGCCCGACUGGUGUGAACAGCUCACCUCCAAGUGUCCUUUCCUCAUCCCCUUUGAGACCCGACAGCUGUACUUCACCUGCACGGCGUUCGGAGCCUCCAGGGCCAUCGUGUGGCUGCAGAACCGGCGCGAGGCGACGAUGGAGCGCAGCCGCCCGCCCACCACGGUGCGGCGGGACGACCCCGGAGAGUUCAGGGUGGGCCGCCUCAAACACGAGCGGGUCAAAGUGCCCCGAGGGGAGGCCAUGAUGGAGUGGGCGGAGUCGGUCAUGCAGCUGCACGCCGACAGGAAGUCUGUGUUGGAGGUGGAGUUUCAGGGCGAGGAGGGAACCGGCCUGGGUCCGACCCUGGAGUUCUACGCUCUGGUGGCUGCAGAGUUCCAGAGGACGUCUCUGGGCAUCUGGCUCUGUGACGACGACUUCCCCGACGACGAGUCCCGACAGGUGGAUCUGGGCGGCGGCCUGAAGCCUCCCGGCUUCUACGUGCAGCGCUCCUGCGGCCUCUUCCCGGCGCCCCUCCCCCAGGACAGCGAGGAGCUGGAGCGCAUCAGCAAGCUCUUCCACUUCCUGGGCGUCUUCCUGGCCAAGUGCAUCCAGGACAACCGGCUGGUGGACCUGCCCGUCUCCCAGCCCUUCUUCAAGCUGCUGUGCAUGGGAGACAUCAAGUCCACCAUGAGCAAGCUGCUGUACCACAGCCGGGGGGCGCCGCCGGGCCACGGCGCCGACCGGCCCCUCCCCUUCCUGCUGCUGUCCGAGGCCUCCACAGAGGAGAGCCUGGAGAACUACUCCCUGGGGAGCUUCGACGAGGACUCCAAGUCCGAGUUCAUCAUGGACCCCCCCAAACCCAAACCGCCCGCCUGGUACCACGGCAUCCUCACCUGGGACGACUUCCAGCUCGUCAACCCACACAGGGCGAGCUUCCUGAAGGAGGUGAAGGAGCUGGCGGUGAAGAGGAGGCAGAUUCUGUCUAGUAAGAGUUUAUGUGAAGACGAGAAGAACACUAGACUUCAGGACCUGAUGCUGAGGAACCCUCUGGGAUCAGGACCUCCGCUCAGCAUAGAGGACCUCGGGUUGAACUUCCAGUUCUGUCCGUCCUCGAAGGUCCACGGCUUCUCUGCUGUGGACCUGAAAGCCAACGGAGACGACGAGAUGGUUACCAUGGAGAACGCUGAGGAAUACGUGGAGCUGAUGUUGGACUUCUGUAUGCACACGGGGAUCCAGAAGCAGAUGGAGGCCUUCAGAGAGGGUUUCAAUCGAGUUUUCCCGAUGGAGAAGCUGAGUUCUUUCAGCCAUAAAGAAGUUCAAAUGAUCCUUUGUGGCAACCAAUCACCGUCCUGGACUGCUGAUGACAUCAUCAACUACACCGAGCCAAAGCUGGGUUUCACCAGAGACAGUCCCGGCUUCCUGCGCUUCGUGCGCGUCCUUUGUGGGAUGUCGUCUGACGAGAGGAAGGCGUUCCUCCAGUUCACCACCGGCUGCUCCACGCUGCCCCCCGGAGGCCUCGCCAACCUGCACCCCCGCCUCACCAUCGUCAGGAAGGUGGACGCCACGGACUCCAGCUACCCGUCAGUGAACACCUGCGUGCACUACCUGAAGCUUCCCGAGUACUCCUCCGAGGACAUCAUGAGGGAGCGCCUGCUAGCCGCCACCAUGGAGAAAGGCUUCCACCUCAACUGACCUCUGACCUCCCCGAGCUUGCCCCUCAAGCCUGCCUCGCCGCCGUGUGACGGACAGAUCAGCCGGAGGAUCCUGGUGUGUGUGGGUUUGGAUCACACUUACACACAGUCCUGCUUCCUCAUCAUCCUUUUUGUUUUUAUUUUCCGUGUGUGUGAGUUUUUGGGUUGUUUUGGCCCGGCUGUAGAGGUCAAAGGUCAUUUGGUGUUCCUUCCCGACACUAGAGACAAACACUGGUUGUGUGCGAGGCGGAGAGGGAAAAAAAAGCUACGCUCUCUCUCUUGUAUUUUUCUUUGUAUAUUAUUAUAAACAUUUAUUUAACUCAAGUUGCAGUUUGAGGUAAAACGGAAAAAAGAUAUUUUCAAAUGUGUAAUGCUCCAAAAAAAUAAUCAUUAAAAUGUUUGCAAAGUAUGAAGUAAA